AUGACCAGUGAGCCAGCUCAGACCACCUUAGGUUGGGGACCCCAACUGCUUUUACUGCUGCUGCUUCUACUAGGGCUCCAGGAGGCCUGCAGCAGACAAGGGGUCCCCGCCUAGCCUGUGCCAGCUGCAGCCUCUCAAGCUGUGGCGAUGGGAAAAGACCCUCAAUUUUACCCAGGAGAUGCAGCAUCAGGGCUGGACCCCAGUGUCCAGGACAUGGUCGCUGUCCACAUGUUCAGGCUCUAUGAGAAGUACAACGAGAAGGGACACCAGCCCGGAGGGGGCAACACGGUGCACAGCUUCCGGGCCCGGCUGGAAGUGGUUGACCAGAAAGCUUUGUAUUUCUUCAACCUGACUUCCAUGCAAGAUUCAGAAAUGAUCCUUGCAGCCACCUUUCACUUUUACUCUGAGCCACGGUGGGCCUGGACACAUGAGGCAUCAUGCAAGAGGACAAAGAAUGUGUCUUGCCAUUUGCUACCCUCAGGUCCCCCCACCCGCCACUACCUCCUCUUCCACAUCCUGUCACAGAACAUGGCCACCCAGGGACUGCUCCGAGGGGCCAUGGCCCUAGUCCCACCACCACGUGGCGUAUGGCAGGCUAGGGACAUCUCCUCUGUCAUUAAGGCAGCUCGCCAGGAUGGUGAACUUCUCCUCUCAGCCCAGUUGGAUGGUGUGGAAAAAGAGCUGGGGGACUCCAAGCCAAGCUCCCACAUACCCUACAUUCUCAUCUAUGCUGAUGACCUGGCCAUCUUGGAGCCCAACAGUGUGGCAGUGACACUUCAAAGAUAUAACUCCCUUCCAGCUGGGGACACUGAGCCCCAUACAGCCCCCUACAGCUCUGCAGACCUCCGUGUGCGCCAGGCUGCCCAAGGCAGUAGCUCUCUCAAAGACAAUGAGCUGCCAGGGCUGAGUGGGCAGCUAGUGCCUGCCCAUAGCACCCAGCAUUACCACACACACGAGCUCUGGCUCAGGCCCUUCCGAGUGCUGAAACCCCGGCCUGCCCGCAAAGAUCGGAGGAGAAAGGGGCAUGACCUCUUCAUGGCCUCCCAGAUGCUCAAGUUCGAUGAGAAGACCAUGAAGAAAGCUCGGAGGAAGCAGUGGGAUGAGCCUCGAAUCUGCUCGCGGAGGUACCUGAAGGUCGACUUCGCAGACAUGGGGUGGAACGAAUGGAUCAUCUCACCCAAGUCCUUUGAUGCCUAUUACUGUUCGGGAGCUUGUGAGUUCCCCAUGCCCAAGGUUGUCCACCCUUCCAACCAUGCCACCAUCCAGAGUAUCAUGAGGGCUGUGGGUAUUAUCCCGGGCAUCCCAGAGCCGUGCUGUGUUCCUGACAAAAUGAACUCCUUGGGGGUCCUUUUCCUGGAUGAGAACCAGAAUGUCGUCCUCAAGGUAUACCCCAACAUGUCUGUGGAGAUCUGUGCCUGCCGCUAA